AAAUCAAAAUCGAUAGCAGCGCACAACAUCGGAAUCGGAUCGGUCUGGCGGUGUCGCCGAAAAUCAAUUCCAAAUAUUCACCUAUUAAUUAAGUUUUUCACUAUUAAAAAUCGAAGAAAAAGUGUGAGUGCUUUUAGUUUAUUGUGAGAUUUGAUUAUUGGAACACUUUCCGCAAGCAUGAGCCGGUGGGACCAGAAAACUGAAGGACACUCACGCUCCCGCAGGGAUCAUCCCCGGAGCAGGAGUGGAUCCCGAAGUCGGUCGUCGUCGCCCGUGGAGCGGCGGUUGCGUGAGAUAGAGGAAGAGGACCGUCGUCGCCACAAGGAACAACUGCUGAAGCACAACCCGUUGCGUCCACUGCCGAACUGUCUACAACGGAGGAAGGACAGUGGCGACAGCAGCAGCAGUAGCUCUGGCGAUUCCGGUGAUGAUGGUUCACAAUGCAAGACUGCACCAGCACCACCAUCGCCACCGACGUCUUCGGUUAAGCCAAAAAUGGGAUUUAGCUUCCAGAAACCUGCUUCGAAUGCCAAGACCGCUGCCACCAGCUUCAGCCUGCAAAAACCCAAACCGAUGGCCAUCCAGAUGAAGCUAGGGACGGCACCCAAGAAGGAACCGCCAAAGCUGCUGAAACCGGUCGCGAACGCCUUCGCCGGAUCGGAUAGUGACGAUGAACCGGAGGAAAUGCCCGCCGAAUGCCGGAUGCGAAUGAGGAACAUUGGCCGCGAAACGCCCACUUCUUCCGGGCCCAACUCGUUCGGUAAGACCAAACAUGGGUUCUGCGAUUCUAAGAAAAUAUUCGAAAAGAAACUGAACACAAUGACCGACAGUUAAGCCAAAGGGCGACCAGUCAUAAACAGCUAAUUUUUCUAGUAAAAACUGAGAUUUAAAUCUUUUAUUCUUCGGGCUAUCUCGGAAAGAAGCAUAGCAUUCAAUAUAUGUUUUCAAAGACUUGCAGUUCGACAUUAAAAGUUAAGAAAAUAAGUUGUAAAAUCGGCAUCCCCAUCAUCAAUAGCUUACAUUGUUGUUCACUUUCUUUACGAGAUUUGUGCAUUCUAUUCAAACUCAAUUAUAUAAUUACAUACUCUAGUGGUAGGUGUUGUCCGAUAUCUAUCUAAUACUGCAAAUCUAGAUCAAUAUGAUUAGAUACAUGUUCGCGAAUUCUA